AUGGUGGUCAUAUCACUAAACUUGAUCGUCACAUCAUGCACCGAAGCCAUAGGUUUUCUCGUGGAUGGACUUCUUCUCCAGGUGGUGAUCGCAUUGUCAGGGAUGCGAGCUAUCAAGAUAUUGACGUGGAGUUCCUCACCUUUCGAUUUGACCGCUGCCCUGGUCCACCACGCGCAAUUGACCCCAGUUCUUUUCCGGUGCAUGCGUGGUGUGUCCGACUUGGAUGUGGAUGGAGGUCCAGCAAGGCCAUCAGAGACACAGCCUUCUGUAUGGCAUGCGCACCCUAGCAUCCGGAAAGUUAUCAUCUCCCUUUGGUGCCUUGUCGUAGCAUGCGCUGGAUGGGGUGUCCUCAUUCUGCACAUCUACGAUACGUAUGAAGGCUAUACCAGUCAGAUAACAUGGAAAUCGUGGACGUUCUUCCCCGACGAUCAGAAUUUCUCAUACGGCUUUGGGUACUCGAUGGAAGGGGCGGGCGGCGGGGGCGUUGAAUGGUGGAUUCUGACUUAUGUCAACCUGGCUGUUAUCCAGGGACCGUUGACACUUUGUCUGCACUGCUCUGAGCUCAUCGCAAACGUCAUUCGAGACGAAGGGCAUUGGAGAUGCGCUACUGGACGAAAAGGGAUUACAUCGGUGAACCCACUGAAGUCGAUUUUCGCCAAUCCGCUCUGUCUUGCGCUUUUUGUCGCGAAACCUAUCCUGCGUAAGUCACUCGCACCUAGCUUUAGAUACUGGAUAUUUGGGCUUUGUUUUGUGCUCAUCGCCGGCGUCGACCCUACAUAUGGAGUGAAUAUCGUGAUAUAUAUGUACUCAAUGCAGAUCUUGAACUUAUGCAUAGUGCUGUUUGUAUUCGCUUGUUUCUUCACUCUUGUGGCACUACGCCAACGGCGCGGGCCCCAGCCAGCUACAUAUGGUCACCUUCAAACACUGGCCAACCUCGUGGAUGAGUGGUCGCCUGUGAUGUGGUGGGGCCACAAGGAAGAUGGAAUCCCGUAUUGUCAUGCUGGAAUGAGUGGUCAGCCGCUGCCGGCUGUGAAGAUGGACUGUGUUUAUGCUGGCACCAGCGUCGGGUCUCAUCCUUCCGUCUCGUGAUAUUUGCGAUGUUUACAAUGGUUGCCGCGUUCAAGUUGGAGAUGGAUCAGGAUGUUGUCAUAUGGACCCAGUGACUUCUUCGCGCGCCACGUUCAAUAGAAUUCUGCUUUCAGCGAAUGCACAAUUGGGACACAUUAGUGAUAGAGGAUAUGAUUUACAAGGCUAUGU